UAUAAUAUAGAUUGUGUCUCCCAGAGAUUGCAAUCAAUUCAAUAGCCCCAACUCUGAAUCUCGAUGGUUUACAUAGUUUCAUGGGACGAAUUCGUAGAUCGAUCUGUUCAGCUUUUCAAAGCUGAUCCCGAAUCUAUGUUUGGGGUGCAGACUCGGUACGUUGUCAAGUAUAGACAUUGUGAUGGCAAGUUGGUUCUCAAGGUUACUGAUAACAAAGAGUGUCUCAAGUUCAAGACGGACCAAGCACAAGAAGCAAGGAAGAUGGAGAAACUGAAUAACAUAUUCUUCACCUUCAUGGCCAGAGGACCUGAUGUUGAUCUUUCUGAAGUGAACGGGAAAGAACAGAUGGAGACACAACCUGUGAAGAAAGGAAGAGGACGGAAGCAAUAAGUCCCAUGAUUCUGUUUUUCUUUCUUUCUUUUUGGUAUCAAGAUUUUGAUCCAUUUUUGGGGAUAUUCUGAGUUGGGGAUUGUGAUGAUAGGAUUAUUAAAUAUUGGUUCUUAUUUAACCUGACUUUGGAUCUAAAAAUACAUCUUUCAUCGAAAA